CAUCGAACGCCUUAGUCAGUCAUGUACUCAUGUGCAAAUGUACAAUUGAACGCCAUGGUGUGCACUAGACCCAAUUGUGCAUAACCUUGACCAUAUUAGCCGUAGUCUUUCUGAUAAUUAGCCACCAACCCAGUAGCUACUAGCCAGUGACAAACCCAUGUUCAAGUUUGUGAUUCCCCGCCAAAACAUCCGCCACCGUCUUUCUCUCUCCUCCCUUCUCCGCCACCUCUCCACCACCUCUUCCUCCAAACUCCACACCAAAUACUCCUUCACUCCUCCUUCCUCUCUCUCUCCACCAAACCCUAACCCUAACCCUAAUUCACCUUCCCAAAACCCCAAUUCCUCAACUAAAAUCCGCAAAAAGCCCCUUUACCGCCCUCCAUCAACCCUCAAUACCGGCGAAAAGCCCUUGCGAUCAAACCUUCCCUUCGAUUUCCGGUACAGCUACACUGAGAGUAACCCCUCCGUGAGGCCCAUUGGGCUUCGCGGGCCCAAAUACUCUCCGUUUGGGCCGGGCCGCCUUAAACGGGAAUGGACUGGGGUUUGUGCUCCGGUGAAGAGUCUGAAGGUUUUGUCUGUAGAUGGGGGAGUGGAGGAUGAUGAUUCUAAGUUGGAGGAGAGGAGGAGGUUGAUGAGAGAGAAACUUCUGGGAAAGCCAUUAACGGAUGCUGAGAAGAAGAUUCUAGUGGAUAGUUGUCAGAGGGGUAAAAUCAAGAAGCAAGUGAACCUGGGGAGAGAUGGUUUGACUCACAAUAUGUUGAAUGUUAUUCACAAUCACUGGAAGGAUGCUGAGGCAGUGAGGAUUAAGUGCAUGGGCGUGCCAACUAUUGACAUGGAGAAUGUUAUAACUCAGCUCGAGGAUAAGACAUUUGGCAAGAUCAUCCACAGGGAAAGUGGUCUUCUUGUUCUGUACAGAGGUCGGAACUAUAAAUUUAAGAAGAGGCCUCUGAUUCCAUUAAUGCUUUGGAAACCCCAAGAGCCUGUGUAUCCGAAGCUAAUUAAAACUACAACUGAGGGAUUAAGCAUUGAAGAAACCAAGGAAUUGAGAAAAAGAGGAUUAGCUGUUCCUGCAUUGACUAAACUCAGUAGAAAUAAAUACUAUGGUGGCCUUGUAGUUAUGGUUCGAGAUGCUUUUCUUGUGCAAGAGCUGGUACGGAUAGACUGCACUGGUCUUGACAAGAGUGAUCACAAGAAAAUAGCCGUUAAACUUAGGGACUUGGUACCAUGUAUCCCUGUUACUCUUGCAAAGGAACAAAUUGUAGUGUGGAGAGGACCAAACCACGAACCUACAGAGGAUAGGCCGAUUCUUACAGCAAGGGAGUCUGUUGAGAAUUCCAUUGAUAAUAUGAUUUGGGAUUCUUGAGGAUGUGAGCUUGUAUACCUGUAAGCUCAAAGGGAACCUGGGAGCAGUGACUAGAUCCAGCUUUGGUGGUACAAUUUGUCUAAUGUCACGGAAGCUUGGUGAUGUAGAUGUUUACAUGGUUGAUCUGCUUAUUAAGCAUGUGGCAUUGUGGCUUCAUUCAGAUCUAAUAGCAUGUGGCUUCCCCUUUUUCUGCUUCCCUUUUCAAAAGUGCUGGCAGCCUGGUUACUAACCAGAGAUAUCCCCACCUUACAUCUGCUAAGAGAUUACACGGGUGUUUUAAAUCGAAGAUGAUUUUCUUCUGCUAUUGGACCAUCCGACUAAUGGACGUAUUCCUGAAGAUCCCCUCGCAGCGUAAUGGACAAGCGGAGUCUUGUAAUCAAUCUUUCCCUAAAAGACAAUUGUGCAAUCAGAGUAAAUUAGAAUUUGGAAAUGUUGAUAUUUUUGCAAUGAAAAGGACUUAAUGAUGUUGUGGAUAUGAGUAGAUUUUUAAUUAGUUUAUUUAGUUAACUAUUGUAAAGUAUGCCGUGUGUGUGUGUUUUGGAGUUUUAUAUUUCUGUGGACAUAAUUAGUUUCCGUAAUUGUUGUUAAUUAAGUGAAUUUUAUAAAGCAUGAGCUAUGCCAUGUGUAGUAUUUGGAUCUUUAUCAAAUCAAAAUAGUACUAAUAUAUUCCCGUCAAAAAUUAAAUAAAAAUAGUACUAAUAUAUUUCACUAUUUUGUUUUACUGAAUUCACACUUGCUUUUUAGGUGAUUGUGUUUGUUGAAAAUGAAGCUGGUUGCCUAAUGAAAUCAUGCACGAACAACUGUACGUCGUGUAUCAGAUGCCAAACAUUCUGGAAUGAAAACCAAUACAAUUUGCAAAACAAACCUUGAUAUUAAUUUAACCUUGUCCGCAUAUGAAUAUGUUCACACAUGACAUCAAUCUUUUCUUAAUUCAUAAGGCUAUGUUAUGUUGAUCUUAUUUUUGAGUAAAAAAAAAAAAAAAAGUUUAGGCUACGACUAUUACUAGUAUAUACUCUGUACUUAAAAAAAAGUAAGCAUUAUUUAGCAAAAAUAAGUUAAUUAAGUAAAAUCAGUUGUUAAUCAGGUGUUAAAAAAAAAAAAAAAAAAAAAAAAAAAAAA